AUGUCUCCUCAGUGGCCCGUGGCUGCUCUCCAGGCGUUACCCCAUCCCUGCCCUGCCCAGGAGUGCCCUGUACAGGAUCAGCAGCCCUGCCCUGGGCACCCCUCAGUCCAGGUGCUACUCCUCGGGGGGAAGGAAGGGAUUCAUCUCAGGUUUUGUGGAGAACAUCAAGCAGGAGUUAGCCAAAAACAAAGAGAUGAAGGAAAGCAUCAAAAAAUUCCGAGAUGAAGCAAAAAAGCUGGAGGAGUCGGACGCGCUGCGGGAAGCAAGGAGGAAAUAUAAAACCAUUGAAUCUGAAACAGUGAAGACCUCAGAAGUGAUUAAAAAGAAACUUGAAGAAAUAACAGGGACGGUUAAAGAGAGUUUGGAUGAGGUCAGCAAGAGUGACCUGGGCAGGAAGAUCAAGGAGGGGGUGGAGGAAGCUGCCAAAACGGCCAAACAGUCUGCAGAGUCUGUGACCAGGGGAGGGGAGAAGCUGGGCAGGACUGCAGCCUUCAAAGCCAUCUCCCAGGGAGUGGAAACUGUGAAGAAGGAAAUAGAUGAGAGUGUUUUGGGCCAGACAGGUCCCUACAGGCGCCCGGAGCGGCUCCGCAAGCGCACGGAAUAUUCCGGAGACAGGAUCAAGGAGCAGCGAGUGUUUGAAGCCAAUGAGGAAGCCAUGGGCAUGGUGCUGCAUAAAGACUCCAAGUGGUACCAGCAGUGGAAAGAUUUCAAGGACAACAACGUGGUUUUCAACAGGUUCUUUGAGAUGAAGAUGAAAUACGACGAGAGCGACAACGCCUUCAUCCGAGCGUCGCGCGCCGUCACCGACCGCGUCACCGACCUCAUAGGGGGGCUGUUCUCCAAGACCGAGAUGUCGGAGGUGCUGACGGAGAUCCUCAGGGUGGACCCCUCCUUUGACAAGGAUCGCUUCCUGAAGCAGUGCGAGCGGGACAUCAUCCCCAACGUGCUGGAGGCUCUGAUCUCCGGGGAGCUCGACAUCCUCAAGGACUGGUGCUAUGAGGCCACCUACAGCCAGCUGGCCCAUCCCAUCCAGCAGGCCAAGGCCUUGGGGCUCCAGUUCCACUCCAGGAUCCUGGACAUCGACAACAUCGACGUGAGUUCCCUGCCCAGCCUUCCCUCUGUGGGGGGAAUUCAACUCAGGGGCUCAGGAGGGGGUUUUAGGGUCAGGGAGAUGGGAAAAACCCUCCAGGAUCAGCAAGACAAGGUGCUGCGCAUGCUCUACGUGUGGGCCCUGUGCCGGGACCAGGACGAGCUCAACCCCUACAUGGCCUGGAGGCUGCUGGACAUUUCCUCCUCCAGCACGGAGCAGGUGCUCUGAGCAGGGCUGGGCCCUUCCCACCCCUCUGGAAGCAGCUCCAGCCUGGAAUUCCCCACGGGAAGCAGCCCAGGCUGGGGGUUUGGGAGAGCUCCAGCUUCUCCCAGUCCCUGAGGAAUGGGAAUCUCUGCUCGGGAACGUCUGGGACGAGCAGCUGCUGCUUCAUCCUCGUGCCUCAGGAGGCUCCUGGGCAGCUGGGAACCCCCAAAGCUGCCAUUCCCACCUGCUGGCACCCUUGGAGAUCCCUGGAAAGGCCUUGGAGGGGCUCCUGGCUGCCACUGUCCUGCCCGGGCUCCAGCCUCGCGUCCCUGCCGUGUCUUGCACUUUCCCAAACCAAAUACAACCAGGACUUUGCACAUGGAGGUGUUGGAUCCUCAGGUUGGUGGUGGGAUGGGGCUGAUCGUUGGAUCUCCAGGGGUGAGGUUUGUUUGUGCACAGCUUGGAAGGGGGAAUGUUGUUGGUUCUGGUCCCAAAGAGCCACAGCUGCGUCCCUUGGGGUGGUGGGGAGGGGGUGGGACAGGAGGGGGAGGGCAGAGGGGGUGUCUGAGGAGGGGGACAGCUUUGGGAAGGCUGAAUUUUUCUGUCCCAUCCUGUCUCAAUCCCAGGAGGAAAGCUGUGCUCCUUGCUCAGCUCUCUAGGCUUGUCUGCCCCUCAUCCCUGCACAGAUCCCAGGUCCAGGAGCAGAAACUUCCCCACUUUGCUGCUGGAGCGUGGGGUGAAAUCCCCUUUCAGGCCCAAUCUAAAAAAUGGGGUUUGAAAAUCCCAAAUCAUGGAAAAAAUUCCCCAAAUUCAGGUCCCAGUGGCAGAAUUCAGUGGGAUUUGGGCCCCUCUCCUUGAGCUUCUCUCUGCUGGGAGAAGGAGCAGGGGAGUGGCUGAGGAGGAGCAGAAAUUGUGGGAUUUGGGCUUCUGGAGGGGUUUGGGAACUUUGGGAGCUCAGCCAGGCCGAGGCACCACCUGCCCAUGGGAAGGGAGCUUGGGAGAAGGAUUGGAGAGGAAAUCCAAGGAUUGCUGUGCUGCUGAGGGUGAGGCAGGAGAGCUCUGCCCUGCCAGAGUGAUUAAAGAAAAUAAUUCCAGUU